AUUAUGUUUUCGUGUUCUUCCAUAUUUGAGAUUUCUAGGCAUAAUCUUUUCGUUAUUCUCUUGAUUUUCUUAUAUACCUUCAAUUCAUACCAUUCUAAAUGACAUAUAUUUCGUUUCAACUCCAACUUCAUAUCCGAUAAUAAAAAGUCCACAAAUUUCUUCCAAGAUACGAACAAAAUACACAAUAGUAUAUUAGGAGAACUUGAUAAAAAGUACGUAUUAACUCAUUAUCGGUAAUGUCAUAAUCAGUAAAUACCAUAAAGAUUACUAUGAAAUUGUUUACCACUAAAAAAUCACUCAAUAUCACAUUGAUUAUUUUCAAGGAGUGGUAGUGAUUUAUAAGGCCAACUUAACCAUGUUAAUUAAAUUGGUUUAGGUUGGGCCUAAAUAAUGGUAUUUUGGGCUUCAUACCAGGUACCUCAACACACACCACUUGACCCACCAAACACCCACCCAUCACGCAAAGUGGGUCAAGUGCCGAGCGUUGACACCCUUCAACACCAACCACCCAAGUCGUGGAGACCCACAGCACAAGGGGGGUCAAGCAUGACAUCACGCAAGGGGGGCAUGCAUGACACCAUCCAAGGGGGUCAAGCACAAGAGGGGUCAUGCAUGACAUCAUCCCAGGGGGGUCAAGCAUGAUACCAUCCAAGGCGAGUGAAGUAUGACGAGACGCGAGCUAGUUGUGGUAGCAAAGAGAGCCAAAAUUUGGCUAAGUGUUGAGACCCAUAGCACAAGGGGGGUCGGACAUGACAUCAUCCCAGGGGGAUCAAGCACAAGGGGGGGUCAUGCAUGACACCGUCAAAGGGGGUCGAGUACUAGGGUGUCAAGCAUGAUGCUGAGGUGAAAAUUGGCUAAGUAUGGAGAUCCAACCGUCCAAGGGGGGUCAUGCAUGACCUCGUCCAAGGGGUCUCGUCCAAGGGGGUCUCGUCAAGGGAGUCAAGCAUGACACCGUGCAAGGGGGGUCAAGCAUGACACCGUCCAAGGGGGGUCAUGCAUGACACCGUCAAAGGGGGUCAAGCACUAGGGUGUCAAGCAUGAUGCCGAGGUGAAAAUUGGCUAAGUAUGGAGAUUCAACCGUCCAUGGGGGGUCAUGCAUGACCUCAUCCCAGGGGGUCCUUGCACUAGGGUGUCAAGCAUGAUAACCAGACAUGGCCAUUGCAAGAGGGUACCAAGCAGGCAAGGCAGGGCUUGGUACCAAGACAUGAAAAGCAUGAAUUUGGCUAAGUAUGAAGCCAACGGGGUCGGCAAGACAGGCUUGGCAGCCAAGCAAGGCGACAGGGUAUCAUACCCCUUGGUAUCAUGACCCCAAGGGGGUAUCAAGCCGGUAAGACUGACUUGGUGGACAGGCAACAGGUGGCCACCCGACUAGGUACCAAACAGCCAUGUAUGGCCCUUAUGGGGCCAUAUGGAGACAAAGUCCCAAGGCGAGCUUGGUAGCACCCUAACGGGGUACCAAGCCGGCAGGGUGUAAUUUACCAAAUUGAUGAGGCUACAAAAACUAAGUAUGGAUACCAAGCCACCAGGGCUGGCUUGGUAGCAAGGGGUGUCAAGUUGAUUACAUGGGCUUGGUGGCAUGCUAGAAGGUAUCAAGUCGAUGAGACGCCUUGGUAACAACCAACAAGUUAAUGAGAAGGACUUGGUGUCAUGAGGUGGUAGCGGACUCAGGAGCGGGGAGUCAUCAAGUAGUCGAGGGUGAGAUCAAGAGUUCAUCAUGGUUCAUGGAGGCUAAGGCAAGAGCCUCAACCCCAUCCAGUCAUGACAAGGCGACAAGGAUCAACAACAACACGACCCGACAUCGAGGCCAUCAAGUACCCACCAGCCCAAGACGAGACAAGGGCCCCCAAGGUGACAGUUACCAACUAGUCACCAAGGCGGCGACAAGGACCCCGAGGCAGUUUGGAGCAGCAAGCCAGCUAGAGGUUACCAAGGCAGUUACACUCGAUGUCUAUAAAUAGGAGAAACUAAAAUUGUAAAAGGGUUCCACAACCAACCAUUUGACACCACAUGUCAAACUUAUCUUUUCUCUGCAAUGUAGCCACAGUUGCUGCUUUUAGUUCUUGGAGCUCUCACUGAACCUCCAUAGGAGUAUAAGUAAUUUAACUUAGUUUUAUCAGCCAUCAAAAUCAUCAAACACCCUCGUUCGAACAUUGUUCGGAGAGGCGUGAACCGUGUUAUUAAUCGUUGUUCGAGAAGUCAAAGAUGCAUUUAUUGAGUUCAAACACAAGCUUUUCCUCGCCGGAAAACAGAAAUAAUGAAUGAACUAUUUUAGAAACCUCAACUUAUUUAAAAACAUGAAGAGAUUUAUCAAAAUAAAAUAAAUAAAAUUCAUACAACCAACGAAUCGAGUUAAUAUUUUAAAUAUAAUUAUAAAUUAACCAAUACUAAUGAUAAAGCGAAACUCAUUCGGCCAAGGGCUGAGUGAAAGCUAGUUGAUAAGUGUUCUUCAGGAGAUUCUCACAUUUCUUGCUGAUCUUGGCGAUUUGAAGGUCAUGUUCAUUGGUCGUAACUUGAACAGAGUGGUUCAUUUUGUGGCUCGUCGUGCUCUAUAUUUAUCGCUCUGUUUACAAAGGGGGGUUUGAUUAUGUAGCUUGGUACAAUAGUAGAUAGGGUCUUUGUAUUCUUAGAUCGGUUCGAUUUCCUCUUCUAAAGAGUGAUCAUUGGAAGAAGAAAAAAAAAGACAUCAGCAAAUAUAGCUUUACUGUAAAUAGAAAAUAUUUGUCUCUUGUGGUUGCAUUUUCAUCGAUCACAGAUAACAAAGGCAAAUAUAAUUUUGGUAUCCCGCGCCGUCUAGAUGGACCCGGAUUAAAGAAGACGAAGUAACCCGACCCGACUCACUAGUUUUAGUUUGGUCAGCGUUGACUGUUGAGGGACUCUUGACCAAUAGGGAGGAGGAGGAAAGGAGAUCGUUUUCUUUUCCUUGGUAGCAAUGAUGAAAUGGAGGAGGAAAGGAGAUUCCGUUGGUAGAGUUGGGAGAGAUUCCCUAUUGAGUCAUCCCAAAGCCAACAACUACAGCAAGCCCUUUGUGACACUCUCAACAACUACGUAAAUGUUAGACAUUUUAAUUUUAUUAACAUAAAAAAAAGGGUUAAUACCUUAUUUUGGCUCGAAUUAUGACCAUAUAAUCAAUUUUGGCAUGUGGUUUCAGAAAUUAACAUCCUGGUCUCAACUAUGCAGCAUAUAGACUCAAUUUACCCGGCACAUAAUUUGACCGUCAAUUUGGACGGUCAACACGCCAUGUCAUUGCCUAGUCAGCAAAAAAAUCAUUAAAAAAUGCAAAUUCAAAUAAUUUUUCUUAUUUAUUAUCAAAUUAACCAAGGAAAACUGAUCCCUUCACCACCUCUGCAAAACUGACCCGAACUCCCUCAUUUGAUGAGGGGAAAUAGACUCAGGCACAACCAGAGUCGUCUUCUGGACUUCUAUCUCCUCUACUUGACUUGCCAAAAACUAAUUUUUUUGAGAUAUUUGAAAAUGAUAAAUUUUAUAAAUUAACCAAAAACUAUCAAAUUAAAUUUUAUAAAUUUAA